AUAUUAGACGCGUGUUCACUAUAGAUUUGAUGACUACCAAACAUUUUAAUAAAAAUGAUCGACGACGUAACCUUAUUCAAGAUUGGAACUGAACUUUCUGAAUUAAAAUAUAACGGAUUUUGGGAUUGGUUUGUCCACGUUUCGGAUAUACGUAUACAUUGGAGAAAUGAACCGACAUAUAUCUUGUCUCAAGCUGCAUUUAUAUUAGGAGGAACUUUAACUCUCCUGCACGCUAUAAUUAAUAAAGGACGUUUUCCGUGGCUAUGGUUGGGUGCAAUACUUCAUGGUAUAUUGAUAGAAAAUAUUACUUAUGUCCAUCCGGACGUAGACAAUUUUUGGCAUUCUCAGACUCCAAUUAUUUUCGCUGGAAGAAGACUCCCUUUACAUAUAAUAAUUUUAUAUCCCUGUUUUAUAUAUCAAGCACAGGUAGCGGCGGCAAAAUUAAAUUUACCAAAAUGGUCUGAACCAUUUUUAGUUGGACUUUUAGCCGUUUUGAUAGAUAUCCCUUACGACAUCGUAUCUGUAAGAUACAUGCACUGGACUUGGCACGAUACCGAUCCAAAUAUAUUCGACAGACAUUAUUGGGUACCGUGGAAUUCUUAUUUUUUCCACGCUACAUUCGCAGCUGGUUUCAUUUUUUGGUUCCACUAUCUCAGAGAAAAAAUAUGCUCCACCGAAGGAAAAUGGAUCGCAGAUAAAAGUUUUAUAAAAGAAUUCUUCUGCACAUUCUUAGCUGUCCUAUUGGGAUCUCCGACAGGAGUAUUAGCAUUUAUAGCGAUCUACCAUCCGCUUCACGAUAUAUGCACCAUCCACAGCGAAGUUACGUUCUUUAUCAUAUUCGUCACGUUCGCUUUGAUUUCCUGGACAGGAGAUAGAUUAGCAAUACUGAAAGAUUAUGGAAAAUAUACAACAACGUCUAAACUCCAUUGGAGUUCAUGGAUUCUUUUACUUCACUUAAUAGUUCAUUACGUUACAUUUAUGUUAAUACCUAUAAUGUUCAAUCCAGAAGACGAGGUUUCAACGGGAAUGAAGGAACCAAUUGGACCGUGUAAUGAAUUCGUUCCGUUACACACUAUUGUAGGAUUGACUCUGAAGAAAAGAAAAUACCUUUGUCCAUCCGAUUACGAUGAAGGAUAUUUCGAUUUCCAUUGUUUACCGAAUCAAAAAUACCCUUCGGACGGAUCUAUAUGGUACACAAUCUGCGGAAUACCAUUCAAAAAUAGGGCUGAAUAUAUCACAGUUAUUGGUUUGAUUACUUUAGCAGCGGCUGGUAUAUUUAUUAAUUUAUACUUUAAUUCAUUCGGAGAUUGUGUAUUUCAAAAGAAAGUUAAUACCAAUAAUGAAAACGAAAAGAAUGUUUUAAAGAAAAAAAAUAAAUAAAUUUUCUAAUUAAAA